AUGGACAGUCACUUAGAAGAAAAACCAAAUCUGAAUUCGACGACUGAUGGUUUGCUACUGAAUGGAAGGGAUGAUAUCGCCGAAGAGUCGACUGAUACUGGGAACAAUGAAGCCUCGGGCUCUCACACUCUUAUGAGCCAUGAACAACAUGUGGCAGUCGACCAGUUGUCGAUUAGCGCUAGCAUAAGCAGCGUGCAUCCGUCUUCGGACAUUUGGAGUGCGGCAUAUCGAGAAGCAGUUGAGAGCCUUGGGGAUGAAAUAACUACUGCUUCAACUGGGAAGAAUGCUGAGAUGCUCUUCAAACUGCUCGAAGAGAUUGAACAGGAUGCUACUCACGAAUCCGCUUUCUUGAGAGGUGUGCAGCGUUUGCGUUUCUUGAAAACACCCCUCGACAACUUCAAGCUAGCAUUGGAUUUGGCGAGUCCAUUGGCAAACCUUGAACCAACCGCAUCGUUGGUUUUUGGUGUUGUCAGAAGCGUGACAGCGAUCGCUAUUACGUUUGCGAACGCUGAUUUGGAAUUUGCCAAACAAAUCGCAGAUAUGUUGGAACGAAUUUCUUACAUUGACGAGUGUGAUACAUUGGGACGAAGAGUUGAUCGAAUUGAUAUUCACAAGGCACUCGUCUCUGUGUACCAAAAAGUGCUAGAGUUCUACGACGCCGCCUUGAAAAUAUUGACUAGGAAAGGCGCAAAGUUGGUAAUGAGAAUGGUCUUGGAGAACGAUCGCCUUCCUUCCAUUGUCCAGGAAUUCUUGACAAGCGCUGAUAAACUUCAAAUGGUCAUACAAAAAGCGACCAUGGAAAUUUUGGGCGAUAUCCAAAAAGUGUUAUAUCGCGUCGAUUUCGCUCGAUGGCUCAAAUCUGACAAGCUCACCUUGCAAAGUCAACUCUGCAAUGAAUGGCAGACACUCCGAGCUAACCAAGCCUGCGAAUUCUUGCUGGAGAAUCCUAAAUUUAAAAGCUGGUAUGAAGCUUCGGAGUCUCAGCAGCUGGUGAUCUUUGGUGACAUGGGCCAUGGUAAAUCCGUUGCAAUGGCCUUCCUUGCAGAAACACUGAGUCAUAGGAACAAAUAUCGUCUACCACGGCCCGUCCUAUGCCAGUACUAUUGUCGAGAUCACGAAACAGGGAAGCCCACCUCUGUACUCUCUGCUUUGAGCUACUCUCUUCUAUUUCAGCUGGAAGGUCUGCAGAAGCCAUUUUAUGAGCGUUACAAGCAAGCUCAAGAAUUUGAUUACGAUCCGGCACUAAACACUGCCACGAUGGAAAAUUUCCUGCAAAGCAUGCUGGAAACAAUCGAUCGGCCCGUCGUUUUUGUAAUUGAUGGCAUGGAUGAAUGCGAUUAUGACUCUCGAAACAGACUUCUCAAAUUUUUGAAGUGUGUAUCAGAAACAACUUUGGCACUCAAGAUCAUUCUAUCUUUUCGUCCCCAAGAAGAGAUCAUGGAACAGCUAGACGGUGUGCUCAAGAUCGAGCUAGAUUCUAGCCCCGGGAGAGAUCGGAUCAUUGUUGAGAAAACACUUGAAAUGCUGCCAAACUUAUCUCCAGACGUCAAGGCGCUUAUAAAAGAGAACCUCUCUCAACGAGCGCAAGGGAGUGCCAUAUGGACGAAGAUGAUAAUCGAGCUUAUCAAAGUGCGUCAUCUCACGAAGAAGUCUUCGGUAGAAAGAUUUUUGGAAGAAAUACCCCUUCCUGAAAAGCUUUCGGACGUCUACACCUCAAUACUUUCUCGUUCGACUUGUGAAGAUCAUGAAAACUGGCAACUUGCCAUUACGGCUCUGAAAAUUCUCGCUGCCAGCCGCAGAGUUUUGAGCAUACUGGAACUAGCUUGGGCCGUUGAAAUUAGCCUACAUCAGGAAGUGAAGACUCUGGAAGCCCUUGCGAAGCGCACAGAUCAUCAAAGGGUCAUGAGUCUUAUUUAUCCAUUUAUUGCUUCCCUCGACUACGAUGAACUCAGAAAGCCUCAAGUUCGACUCACACAUCAGUCUGUGAAAGAGUGGAUAUUCAAUCAACCUGAUCAGAAAGGCUCGGCCUCAAAGUUGCUCGAUCAAACAAACCAUGUCUCAGAAAAUCCGGAUUCACUCAUGCUCGAUAUUUGCGCGAAGUAUUUGCUCUUAGAUGAAAUUGGUCAGAUUGACCUGUUCUCAGAAGAGCAAGCAGCAUUUGUGGAACUGCCUCAGCUUUCUGGGUCAUCCAGUGACGACGAAGAGUCGCUUGAGUAUGACCCAAACUGCACGUGGGAGACCUGGGAAGACGAUAUGCCGCGGUACGACCCGGUUGAUCGUGGAUUUGGCGAAUUCUUUGUCUAUGCAUCAUGCCAUUGGGUGGAUCACUUCGGUUGCGUGCCGGCUGAAUCUCUUUCAAGCCUAGCAAGUAUCGAAACAUUAUGCCAAGCUGGAUCCACUCGACUUCGCAACUGGAUUCAACAGAACUCUCGUCCAAGUUGCACGAUAUCACCCAGGUUUGAAUUCGACAGCAGUCUAUACGAUCCAUUAGGCAUCACUUCGAUUUAUGGCUCAGAAUCCACUCUGCGUGACAUGCUUGUGAGGUCGAACUUUGACGGCGGAAACUUUCUUCAAGAAUCAGCUACCAGGGCUGCCGAUCAGAUUCUUCAGUGGGGAAAAGUUUCAAGACUCGAGAUCCUGUUCUUUGAUCACCGGACCAGUGCCCAGCUACAAAACUUUGACCUUUUCCGGCUUAUCAUCAAAAGGUGGGACAAAGCCCGAUUUAUCACCAAGCCAUGGCACAAAGAAGAGCAGGACUGGGAUCUUGUAUUUGAUCUCGUCGACAAAAUGUCAGAGAAAAUGACCGAGGAACACUGGGGAAACAAGCUCUUGUGCUUGGCUGCUGGUGCAGGCUGUAAGCCCAUAGUACAGCGUUUGAUGACUAGCGCACAGAAUAAGGGAGAACUCAGGAAAGAAUUGAUUCAUGAGACACAACUCAAAGAAAAGCACCCAACUUUGGAUGACUCGACGCAUCAAUCGAUCGGACAUGCUGUAUUGGGAAACCACAUUGAUAUUGUGGAAUAUCUUCUAAUGGAGAAUGGCAUUGAAACCCACCUUCGUUUUCGGAACUCCCGUGGUGAAAACGUUUUACAUCUGGCAUCACGACUCUGCAACCCAGAUAUGUUCCGAAUCUUGAUCCCUCAUUUCCAAGAGGGUAUCAAUGAAUUAGAUGAUCAAGGAGAUGUCCCCUUGGUGCGAAUCAUCAUGAGCCCUUUGGCCUCGCGGCAUGAGGCCGCCAGAUCAUUGCUUUUGCAAAGUAGCACCAAUUGGGACACCGACAUUUCGUGUUGGCAAAGGGAAUCCCUGCGUGCGGCUGUGUCACGACUUGAUCUAGACAUGUGUUGCAUAUUGAUUUGGAUUGGCAAAAUCAAUCCGGUUGCAGUCCUAGCUUGUGGUAACGAACGAGGCCACAGGAGAGAAGAUAACUCGCUGGGUACUUUAGUUGAUCUCUUUAUCGCUGAACCAGAGGGCAAUUACCUGCAACUGACUAACUCAGUGGAGGAAGCUUUCCGAAUUAUGGCCGAAAAGUAUUACACCAGACGUUUUCGAGUUGGGGACCCAACGAAAUCCUUCUAA